UCUAUUGGCAAUAAAAUGCCACUGUAGCUUUCCUUCUCCUUUAAGAUCUAAGAAUUCUGAGCUACCGUAAACAAUAGGCAAACAAUAUAGUAAAAAAUAAUGAUGCAAAAAUAAUACAUUUUAGUAAUAAUACAUAACAAUAAAUUGCUACAACACACAGGCCUCUUGUAUAAUCCCAAAUGAAAGUACAAACUGCUACAAUCAAUGCAAAACUGGACGCAUAUUUACACAAUUAAAAAAACAAUUAAUCCCAACUGUGGCCAGCCCCAAAUACUGUAAUUAUUUGCUUACAUAUAUUCUUUUCAGCAAGCAACUGUACGCUAAUACAGAAUCAUAAACACUGCAAAAGCAGGAAAGAAUAGAGAGGAAGAUGGUAGCCACCAAGAUUUGCAUGUAUAUUGUCUAGAAAAGCCUAAAAGAAAAACUUUAACUUGAAACAGGCACACCUAAGAAACUCAAGGAAAGUGUAAUGUCAUUCCUAACAUUAACAUGUACUAGGUAUAUCAUCUAUUCCCCGACCUAUGACUUUGUUUAUCAUUGAGAAAGGAAAGCUGAUUAUUUUCUCCUUUUUGCAGAUUGGGGCAUCUCUGUUUGCCAGUAACAUUGGCAGUGGACAUUUUGUGGGUCUUGCUGGGACAGCAGCUGCUGGUGGCAUCGUUAUUGGAGGUUUUGAAUGGAAUGCUCUGGUUAUGGUUGUGAUCCUUGGCUGGAUCUUUGUGCCAAUCUAUGUGAAAGCUGGAGUGGUGACAAUGCCAGAAUAUCUAAGGAAACGUUUUGGUGGAGACCGAAUUCGGAUUUAUCUGUCUGUGCUCUCUCUUCUUCUUUAUGUCUUUACCAAGAUCUCUGCAGACAUGUUUUCAGGGGCAAUCUUUAUCCAGCAGGCCAUGAGGAUCAAUAUAUACAUAGCCAUUGUCAUGCUGCUUGCUAUCACUGCCCUGUACACUGUCACAGGGGGGCUUGCAGCUGUUAUUUACACAGACACCUUACAGACAAUCAUCAUGUUAGUGGGAUCCUUCAUCCUUAUGGGAUUUGCAUUUAAUAAAGUUGGAGGAUAUGACCAGUUUAUGGAGAAAUACAUGAAUGCUACCCCUUCUGUGAUCUCUUAUGAUAACAUAACGAUUCCUGAGCAAUGUUAUACCCCACGAGAGGAUGCAUUUCACAUUUUCCGUGACCCACUCACUGGGGACAUGCCAUGGCCAGGGCUCAUCUUUGGUCUAACUAUUCUUGCCUUGUGGUACUGGUGCACAGAUCAGGUGAUCGUUCAGCGAUGUCUGUCAGCCAAGAAUAUGUCUCAUGUAAAAGCUGGCUGUAUUUUAUGCGGCUAUCUUAAACUGCUACCCAUGUUCCUCAUGGUGUUUCCAGGAAUGCUCAGCCGUAUUCUAUAUACAGAUGAAGUAGCUUGUGUGGUACCUUCUCAGUGUAAGAAGUUCUGUGACACAGAGGUUGGGUGCACCAAUAUCGCCUACCCAAAAAUGGUGAUAAAUCUGAUGCCAGAUGGUCUCAGAGGUCUGAUGCUGUCAGUGAUGUUAGCGUCUCUCAUGAGCUCCCUCACUUCCAUCUUCAAUAGUGCUAGCACCCUCUUCACCAUGGACAUUUACACAAAGUUCCGGAGGAAGGCAAGCGAGAAGGAGCUAAUGAUAGCUGGAAGGGUUUUUAUCAUUUUCCUAAUUGGCGUGAGCAUUGCAUGGGUUCCAAUACUGCAAUCUGCCCAGAGCGGCCAGCUUUUUGAUUACAUGCAGUCCAUCACAAGUUACCUGGGUCCACCCAUUGCUUCCGUCUUCUUCCUCGCUAUCUUUGUCAAGAGAGUAAAUGAGCAGGGAGCAUUCUGGGGGUUAAUAAUUGGACUCUUCAUUGGCCUUUCGAGGAUGAUUGCAGAAUUUGCCUAUGGAACUGGAAGCUGUGUGAAACCCAGCAACUGCCCCUCAAUCAUCUGCGGAGUUCAUUAUCUGUACUUUGCCAUCAUCCUGUUUGUUGCAACCUCCAUCAUUGUUUUGGCAAUAUCAUUCAUGACCAAGCCCAUACCUGAUAAGCAUCUCUAUCGCUUGUGCUGGUCCCUGAGAAACAGCACUGAGGAUCGAGAGGAUCUAGAUGCAAAUGACUGGGCUGCUGAGGAGCCAGAGGAUGAUAAGGAGGAGGAGGAAGAGAAAAAACCAAGUUGCUGGAGGAAAUCUUACAAUUGGUUCUGUGGAUUUGAUGAUAAGAAGCCCCCCAAACUGAGUGAGGAAGAGAAGAAGGCUUUGGAACAAAAGAUGACAGACACUUCAGAGAUGCCCCUGUGGAAGAACGUGGUCAACAUCAACGGCAUCAUUCUGCUGGCUGUGGCUGUGUUCUGCCAUGCAUUUUUUGCAUAGAUGCUAUUUUGAACUUGAAAAUAAUAUUUGGGUGUGUGCAGUUUUGUCCUGACUUCUAAAUCAGACCAGAGAUUGGCGAGAGGAAGAAAUACUAAAUAGGCCACGCAUGUAAAUGGAGACUGUUUCUUUCCAGAAAACAAUGCCAAAGUAAUAUUCGUCAGAACAUCUUAUUAUAUUGGUAAAACUCUUUUUACAUUGCUCUGAUGUGAAUGACCUUGACACACACAGCAAUGCAAAGGACACGUGGUAUGUACACGCUAUGGUAAAGAAGACUUCAGGUUCCAGAGGGCAAUGAAACACAGAGAACAGGACUAACAAGGCUACAACCAGUGGAUUCAUCCUGGUUCAAGCUACUCAAAAAUGGGUUCAAUGAACUCCAGCCCAGAUGCUGAACGCUACAUUACAGUACCGAUAUACUAAGAGCUAUAGUUCCGUAACAGCAGGGGAGGUGGGGUGCAGAUGGGUCAUCCCUGGUUGCACAUUUUUUAUGAAACAGUAGUAUCCUGUAAUUUGAUAAAUCCCUUAUCGGUUUAUAUUGGUUUAUAACAGGUAAUAAUCCUGAUAUUUUUAAUAAAGAAAUGGAAACUA